GCAGAGCUGCACGGUUGUCAACAGCAACAGCGACGGAUUUUUAACGGGUUUUAGAGUCGGUUUUUAUCCCUUUUUUGUCUUUAAACGUUUAGAUAGGUCUUUAACCAUGCCGGCCAGGACUUCCCUGUCUCUGCCAGAGGAUGUCAGGAAAAGGCUGCAGGUGUUGGAUGAAGAUGGAUUUUCAGACGAGGAUCAUGUGAAGGAGAAGCUCAAGCUGGUGCAGGAGUUCCUACAUGUCGAUGCCCAGGACCUGCUGAGCAGCCUCGAGGAAAAGAUGAAAAGUUCAGAGAUCUCAAAGGAGGUCUACAUCUCUAAAGUAAAAGCUUUGCUUGGAAAGGAACUUCAUCUUGAAAAUGGGUCACAUGCUGCUGAUGAGGAGCAGAACGGAAAGACAAAUGGCUUCACAAACGGUUCCCACAAAGAUGAGGAUGGCGAGGACGUAACCAUGGAUGUACAGGAGGAAGAGGAGGCUGUCAAGUCACCUACUGCUGCUAAAGGAAAGGGUGGACGCAGGAGCAAGGCCAACUCUGACACCAAAAAAUCUCCAGCCAGUACCAGGGUUACGAGAAAUAGUGGGAAACAGCCAACCAUCUUGUCAAUGUUCUCUAAAGUUCAAAAGCGCAAGUCUGAAGACUUGAAUGGAGAAGCCACUAAUGGACAAAAUGAGCUGAAAAAAGAGGAAGAGGAUGUUGAGGAGUCUCGGGAGGAGAAGCGUCUCAAGGUUGAGUCAGAUGAAAAUGCUGCUCCAGAAGAAUCAAAGAGUGAGACGGUUAAGCCAGUUUCUGCUGCAAAGACACCACCCCCCAAAUGUCCAGACUGCAGACAAUAUUUGGAUGAUUCAGACCUCAAAUUCUUUCAAGGGGAUCCUGAUAAUGCGCUGGAUGAACCAGAAAUGUUAACAGAUGAGCGUCUUUCCUUGUUUGACUCAAAUGAGGAUGGAUUUGAGAGCUAUGAGGAUCUGCCCCAGCACAAGAUUACAAACUUCAGUGUGUAUGACAAGCGUGGCCACCUUUGUCCAUUUGACUCCGGACUGAUCGAGAAGAACGUGGAGCUCUACUUCAGUUGUGUUGUUAAACCGAUCUAUGAUGACAACCCUUGCAUGGAUGGUGGUGUCCCUGCCAAGAAGCUUGGUCCUAUUAAUGCCUGGUGGAUCACUGGGUUUGAUGGUGGAGAAAAAGCUCUAAUUGGUUUCACUACAGCGUUUGCGGAUUACAUCCUGAUGCACUCUAGCGAGGAGUAUGCACCCAUCUUUGCAGUGAUGCAGGAAAAAAUCUAUAUGAGCAAGAUUGUGGUUGAAUUUCUCCAGAAGAAUCCUGAUGCUACUUAUGAGGACCUUCUCAACAAGAUCGAGACAACGGUGCCUCCUGCGGGGCUGAACUUCAACUGCUUCACUGAAGACACCCUACUGCGUCACGCACAGUUUGUGGUGGAGCAGGUGGAGAGCUACGACGAGGCUGGCGACUCAGAUGAGCAGCCCAUCAUUGUUACUCCCUGCAUGAGAGACCUGAUCAAGCUUGCAGGAGUCACACUAGGGAAGAGGAGAGCUGCCAGAAGGCAGGCCAUACGCCACCCAACAAAGAUCGAAAAGGACAGCAAGGGUCCGACGAAAGCGACCACCACAACGCUGGUCUACCAGAUCUUUGAUACCUUCUUCUCUGAUCAGAUAGAGCAGAACGAUAAAGAAAGCGGAGGUUCUAAAAGACAUCGCUGUGGUGUCUGUGAGGUUUGUCAAUCUCCUGAUUGCGGCAAGUGUCCAGCCUGCAAGGACAUGAUCAAAUUUGGAGGAAGUGGCAAAAGCAAGCAGGCGUGUAAGCAGAGGAGAUGCCCAAAUCUUGCAGUGAAGGAGGCUGAAGAUGAUGAGAUUGUUGAAGAGGAAGAUGUGCCAGUGGAGAAGCCUAAAAAGAUUUCUCAGGCUAAGAGAAAGAAGCAGACUCAGUGCAAACUGUCAUGGGUUGGAGAGUCUGUUCAGACUGAGGGAAAGAAGCAGUACUACCGUAAGGUCCGUAUGAAUGAUGAAGUGCUGGAAGUGGGAGACUGUGUUUCUGUUUCAUCAGAGGACCCAUCCACUCCUCUUUAUCUGGCCAGGAUCACGUCACUAUGGGAGGACAACAAUGGAAAGAUGUUCCAUGCCCACUGGUUCCUUCGUGGGGCUCACACAGUGCUUGGAGAGUCUUCUGAUCCGCUGGAGCUCUUCAUUGUGGACGAGUGUGAGGACAUGCUGCUCAAUUACGUGCAAGGCAAAGUAGACGUCAUGUAUAAGGCCCCGUCUAACAACUGGUUUAUGGAGGGCGGUAUGGAUAAUGAAAUCAAAGUGAUUGAGGAUGACGGGAAGAGUUUCUUCUAUCAGUUCUUUUAUGACACAGACUUUGCCCGCUUUGAGAUGCCUCCCAAGACCACUCCAUUAGAAGACUGCAAGUUCAAGUUCUGUGUUAGCUGUACUAGGACAAAAGAAAGGGAGGAACAGGAAACGCCACGUGCAUUUGAACCUCUGAAUGAAGACAAAGACUCCAAAGCUCUGUAUGCUCUGGCCUGCUUUAAAGGGGAGCAGUUUCGGGUGGGAAACGGUGUCUACCUGCCUCCUGAUGCUUUUAAUUUCAGUGUGAAACCAGCUAGCCCAGUGAAGCGCUCCCACAGGAAGGAAGAUGUCGAUGAGGAGUUGUAUCCAGAGUAUUACAGGAAGUCCUCAGACUACAUUAAAGGGUCAAACCUGGAUGCCCCCCAGCCGUUCCGCAUCGGCCGCAUCAAGGAGAUCUUCUGUCACAGGCGUAGCAAUGGAAAAGCUGACACUUCCGAGGUCAAACUGCGACUCUACAAGUUCUACAGGCCUGAAAACACACACAAAGGUGUCAAAGGCAGUUACCACACAGACAUCAAUCAGCUGUACUGGAGUGAUGAAGAAGUAACUGUCAGCAUGUCUGAGGUGCUCGGCCGCUGUGAAGUAGAAUAUGCAGAAGACCUGAAUGAAUCAGUCGAGGACUAUUCCAGUGGUAGACCUGACCGCUUCUAUUUCCUGGAGGCCUAUAAUGCAAAAUCAAAAAGCUAUGAAGACCCUCCAAACCACGCUCGCUCUGCUGUUAAUAAAGGGAAAGGAAAGGGCAAAGGAAAAGGUAAGGGCAAAGGAAAGGCUUCAGCAGCACAGGAAACACAGGAUGCCCAGAACGAGCCACAGGCACCUAAAGUGACCAAAUAUCGCACACUGGACGUGUUCUCUGGCUGCGGAGGACUUUCUGAAGGCUUCCACCAGGCUGGUAUCUCUGAGACUGAGUGGGCCAUAGAGAUGUGGGAACCUGCAGCACAGGCCUUCAGGCUCAACAACCCUGGCACUACAGUGUUCACUGAAGACUGUAAUGUCUUGCUGAAGUUGGUCAUGUCUGGAGAGAAGACAAAUUCUCUUGGCCAGAAGCUGCCUCAGAAGGGCGAUGUGGAGAUGCUCUGCGGAGGACCUCCUUGCCAAGGGUUCAGUGGGAUGAACCGUUUCAACUCGCGCACUUAUUCCAAAUUCAAGAACUCACUUGUGGUGUCUUAUCUCAGUUACUGCGACUACUACAGGCCCAAGUUCUUCCUGCUUGAGAAUGUGAGGAACUUCGUUUCAUUCAAAAGGUCCAUGGUCCUAAAACUGACUCUACGUUGUCUUGUGCGAAUGGGCUACCAGUGUACUUUUGGUGUCCUUCAGGCCGGUCAGUAUGGCGUUGCCCAGACCCGUCGCAGGGCAAUCAUCCUGGCUGCUGCUCCCGGAGAGAAGCUGCCUCGUUAUCCUGAGCCUCUGCAUGUGUUUGCUCCCAGAGCUUGUUCUCUGAGCGUGGUGGUGGAUGAAAAGAAAUACGUCAGUAAUGUCACACGGGGCAACGGAGGAAUCUACAGAACCAUCACUGUCAGAGACACCAUGUCAGACCUGCCAGAGAUUCGCAAUGGUGCUGCUGCAUUGGAGAUUUCCUAUAAUGGGGAGCCUCAGUCUUGGUUCCAGAGGAAGAUCAGAGGCACGCAGUAUCAGCCAAUCCUCAAAGAUCACAUCUGCAAGGACAUGAGCGCUCUGGUGGAAGCUCGGAUGCGUCACAUCCCCUUGGCCCCCGGCUCUGACUGGAGGGAUCUUCCCAACAUCGAGGUUCGGCUGAAAGAUGGCACCAUGACCAAGAAACUCCGUUACUCGCACCCUGAUAAGAAGAACGGGCGCAGCAGCACCGGUGCUCUUAGAGGCGUAUGCACUUGUUCAGGAGGGAAUCCUUGCGACCCUGCAGACAGGCAGUUUAACACCCUGAUCCCCUGGUGUCUGCCUCACACUGGGAACCGCCACAAUCACUGGGCCGGACUCUACGGCAGGUUGGAGUGGGACGGCUUCUUCAGCACAACUGUUACCAACCCUGAACCAAUGGGCAAGCAGGGUCGUGUUUUGCACCCUGAGCAGCACAGAGUGGUCAGUGUGAGGGAGUGUUCACGCUCUCAGGGAUUCCCCGACACCUACCGCUUCUUUGGAAACAUCCUGGACAAACACAGACAGGUUGGAAAUGCUGUCCCCCCUCCGCUCUCCAGGGCCAUAGGGCUGGAGAUUAAGAAGUGUGUCUUGGACAGGAUGAAGGAAGAACAGGCAUCAGAGAAAAUCAAACAAGAGAAGAUGGAGGUCUCUGAUUAGUCCUUUGUUACCUUCCCAGCAAGAAUUGGAUCCAUAAAUCCUGAUGCUGAUAUGUUGGGCAGUCAUUUCUUUUAAAUAAGCUGGCAGUCAACUGUGUCACUAAGUGGCCACCGUGGACUUUCUGUGCAGUGCCAUUCCAUGUUUUAAGUUUUAAACGUGCUUUUUAAUCAUGUUGAAAUGUUCGCCUAAUGUGGUAUAAAUUGUAUGUAGUUUUUAUAUGUAAUAUUUCAAAUAAAGCUCUUAUGAAAUUGA